CCAAAGCCUCGGCACAAACCGCCGGGAGCCCGGCGGAGCGCGGUGCCCGCCGUGCGCGGAGCCCCGGAGCCGCGGAACCCGGGCGGGGAUGCGGGAGGAGGAGAACCGCGCUGCCCGGCGCAGCGGCUGAGGAAACCCGGCUCCGCGCCGGGCGGAGCGGGAGAGCAUCCCACCCCCCCCCCCUUCCCCAGCCCACCCCCCGUUUCUCUUUUACAGCCCACCGUCCUCGCCCGGAUUGGGGAUCUAGCCGGCCGCCUUGGGAAUUAAUUUGAUUUUUUGUUUUUUAUUCCCCUCUUUUUUUUUUAUAAUUUUUUUUUUUUUUUUUUUUACACACGUGGAGGAACGCGUGGAUUUACUAACAUGAUCUUGGCAAACGCCUUCUGCAUCGUCCUCUUCGUAGAUGAGAUCCUCCGCUCGCUGGCUGGCCCCCCGUCCCCGCCGGGGCAGGACCCCCAUGGCUGGCGAGUGCCGGUGGACUGCGUGCGAGCCAACGAGCUGUGCGCGGCAGAGCCCAGCUGCAGCUCCCGGUACCGCACGCUGCGGCAGUGCCUGGCCGGCCGCGACAGGAACACCAUGCUGGCCAACAAGGAAUGCCAGGCGGCCCUGGAGGUGUUGCAGGAGAGCCCUCUCUACGACUGCCGCUGCAAGCGAGGGAUGAAGAAGGAGCUUCAGUGCCUUCAGAUCUACUGGAGUAUACACCUCGGGCUGACCGAAGGAGAAGAAUUUUAUGAAGCUUCCCCCUACGAGCCGGUCACCUCUCGUCUCUCUGAUAUAUUCAGACUUGCUUCAAUUUUCUCAGGAAUGGACCCCGCCACCAACUCCAAAAGCAACCACUGCCUCGACGCGGCCAAAGCCUGCAACCUGAACGACAACUGCAAGCGCCUGCGCUCGGGCUACAUCUCCACCUGCAGCAAGGAGAUCUCGGCCACCGAGCACUGCAGCCGGAGGAAAUGCCACAAAGCUCUGCGCCAGUUCUUCGACCGUGUCCCCAGCGAGUACACCUACCGCCUACUCUUCUGCUCCUGCAAGGACCAGGCUUGCGCCGAGCGCCGGCGGCAAACCAUCGUCCCCUCCUGCUCUUACGAGGACAAGGAGAAGCCCAACUGCCUGGACCUGCGCAACACGUGCCGGACGGAUCACCUUUGCCGGUCCCGCCUGGCCGAUUUCCACACCAACUGCCAAGCCUCCUUCCAGUCCCUGACCAGUUGCCCCGGGGACAACUACCAGGCGUGCCUGGGCUCCUACGCAGGGCUUAUCGGCUUCGACAUGACGCCCAACUACGUCGACGCCAGCACCACCAGCAUCACCAUCUCGCCCUGGUGCUCCUGCAAAGGCAGCGGCAACAUGGAGGAGGAGUGCGAGAAGUUCCUCCGAGACUUCACGGAAAACCCCUGUCUCCGAAACGCCAUCCAAGCCUUCGGCAACGGCACCGACGUGAACCUCUCCCCCAAGAACCCCUCGCCCCCCGUCACCCUGCCACCGAAAACGGAGAAGAGCCCUGCCUUGCCAGAUGACAUCAAUGACAGCAACACCAUGUACGACACGAGCAUCAUCACCACCUGCACCUCCGUCCAGGAGCACGGAUCAAAGCUAAACAAGUCCAAAGAGCAGAGCCUGUGCUACUCAGAGACCCAGCUGACCACGGACAUCAUGCCAGACCAGAAGACGUUCGUGGACCAGAAGGCAGGCGGCAGCCGACACCGGGCGGGCCGGAUCCUGCCCCUUGUGCCCAUCCUCCUGCUGAUGCUGGCGUUAUAGAGGGGCGAGGAAGGCAGCGGCCGGCGGGACGGGGACGCUUGCACAAGCGCGCACAAAGCGCGCACCGGCAGCGCCCGCCGGCACGCUCGCUCUCGCCUCGGUUCCUGCGGCGGCGAUGGGGAAGGGAAGGAUCGCUUCGUGCUGGAGACUGAAACGCUCACAAACGCCGGGGAUGCCGAGCCCCGGCGCGCUGGGCGGCAGGAGGACCCUCACCAUGCUGGGAAACUUUGGUGGUUUUCUUCCUAUUUUCAUUUUUUCCCCUUUUUUUUUUUUUUUUUGGUAUUUUAUGGUGCGUUGGGUUUCUUUUCUAAAGCAGGAGCCCACGGCUCGUGGCGAAACCCUGCCAUGAGCCCUGCAACAGGCGAUCCAGAGCGGUGAGUGGCGCUGGGGAGGGAAAAUAAGCAUCGAGCAGAGCUUUGGCAAAGGUUAUUUGCAGGACCCAUCAGCCCAGGUGCGCUGGGGUGGUCGCGGGGACAGCAAGGUUUCCGCAUCAGAGCAUCCUGGAGGAUGGACGUGCCGUCGGGAGGCUCUUCUGCAUCCUCUGAGGGGACUCGCUCAAGCUUUUGACAUUGUUAUUGGGGUUUUUGGUUUUUUUUUUUCUUUCCUGUGGUCGGCGAGAGUUUUAAAACGGAAGAGAAAAGAAACUACUGUUCAAACAUUGUGAGGUUGUCCUGAUGUUUUCAAUCUGUCACUUCGAGGGGGAGUUUUUCUUUUCUUUUUUUUUUUUUUAAUCUUUGUCCAGUCAAAUUUGGGUUGGGAUGGGAUCCGACCCAUCGGUGGUCGGAAACCUCUGUAUGUUCCUCUCUGUUUUCUUUCUUUUAUAUAUACAUAUAUAGUGUAUGUAUAUACCGUCCACCUAUACCUACAUAUAUGUAUGUAUAUACAUAACCAUAUACAUCUACAGUGUGGCUUUUUUAAUUUCCUUUUUUCCUUUAUUUUUAAAAAAAAUGCUCAAAUGGCAACAACAACUUAAAAAUGUAUUAUUGUAAAGUUUAUUUUUUUUAAUAAUGUCUAUAAUGGAAAAAAAAAAAAAAUAAACCAAGAACAACCAACCAAGGAACGAAGCAGCACCGAAAGCCGAGCUCCGCCGAGCAUCCACCUGUGCCCGGGUUUGUGUCCGGCCAAGCAUCCCGAGCCCGGGGGGGAACGGGGACCCUUCAGCUGCAGAAACGCAGGGAUUUGGGUCAGUCUAAAUAUCUUGCAAUGCUGCGAACAAUUCCCUGACUGUUUUGCUCCGGGAGACAAGCAAACAAGCAAACAUUUCAAAGGAGCUGACACCUUCCCGUGUGGCAGGGUUUGUUUUUGAAAAUACCAUCCCCUUUCCUUAAUGUCUUUUUUUUUUCCCAGGCAACCUGACAGUGCUUAAAACCGAAAUGAAACACCAAGAUUUGGGUCACACAAAACAUCAAGUUUCUCAAUUUUUUUUUUUUUUUUUUUUUCCCACUUUACUGCUCGUGCCAGGGAGCAGAAACAUCAACCCCCAUCCAGCUCUGCCUGUGGAAAACAGAACGUCAGGGGCAUCUUGGGGACCUGGGGAUGCCAAAAUCUGAGCUGAAGGACCAGCUGGGCUGUUUGCAGGGAGUUGGGCACUGGUAGAUAGGGGAGGGAGGGAUGAAUAUUCCCUUUUGCAGCAUGGAAAAAGAAAACACGUUUGAUGUGGAAGUUGGCGCGGGGAAAAUAAACAUGUCACGUCUCUCGCA